UUUCUCACUUUAUUGCCACAAUCACACAUGCAACACACUGACACAUUCUUCAUACUUGUCACACACCGAACCUAUAAAUCACUUUUCGAAUGCAACCUGAAUUAGUGGUGAGAAGAGAAUCAGCCAUGGGCAGAUCAAAAGGGCAAGUAUACACAUGUUUCGCAUUGAUGCUGGUGUUCUGCAUCAUUGUCGUGUCAGUGUGCAUUUAUCAACAUGGGAAACACAAGUGUCCACAAGAUUCCUUCUCCCACGCUGCAGUGGCUGCAGACACUGGGACAUGUUCACGAAUUGGACGGGACAUGCUUCAAAAAGGGGGUUCAGCAGUAGAUGGCGCCAUCGCUGCUCUGCUCUGUACAUCUCUCCUGAACCCUCAGAGUAUGGGCCUUGGGGGCGGAUCCAUAUUCACAGUGAUGGACAGCACCGGCAAAGUAAAAAUCAUCAAUUCCAGAGAGCGUGUUCCUGAGAAGUCUAACGCUGACACGUUGAAGUCAUGUCCCGAUCCUCACAAUUUUGUGUCAGUUGCUCCCGAUCCAGGUCACCUGUGGAUUGGAAUCCCAGGAGAACUCCGUGGUUAUGAAGAAGCGCACAGGCUUUAUGGCAAGUUGCCUUGGGCAACCCUCUUCCAGCCAAGCAUUCAGCUAGCCAGACGGGGGUUUCCUAUUCCACAGAUCCUUGGUCAAUACCUGCCUUUUACCAACAAGUCACAGCUACUGCGUGAGCUUUUCUCAGAUAAACAUGGAAACCUGCUGAAAAUAGGAGAUUUGGUGAAAUUUGAGACACUAGCCAACACACUGGAGACAAUUGCAAAUCUCGGAGCAGAUGCUUUCUACACUGGAAAAAUAGCCGAAGAUUUAAUCCGAGACAUACAGGAGGCAGGAGGGUCGCUGACUUUGCAGGACUUGGCAUCCUACAGAGCAACAGUGAGCGAUGCAUGGACUAUUCCUCUGGGAGAAUACCAGAUGUAUAUUGCUCCACCCCCUGGAGCUGGAAACAUCCUUAGCCUCGUCCUCAACAUCAUGAAAGGAUAUGAUCUGACUCCGGCAUCCCUGAGAGGUGAACAAAAGACAUUGUUUUAUCACCGUUAUGUUGAAGCUUUCAAGUUUGCUAACGGAUUAAAGAAACAUAACCGCGAUCUUGAGUUCAGUUCAGAACUGACAAAGAAAUUCACAGAGGACAGAAUCGCAGAUCAUAUUCGCAGUUUAAUAGAUGACAAAAUGUCCCAUGAGUUGCAGUAUUACAACACGACACCAUAUCUGGACAGCGUGGGGACCACACACGUGUCAGUGCUGUCCCAAGACGGUUCCGCUGUAUCCGUCACCAGCAGCAUCAACCACAUGUCAGUAUUAUCCGCCAAAUUUCAUGCAUUGUCUACCUGUGAACGGUUACUUCAUUUUCUUUACAGAUUUGGCUCAAGAGUCUUGUCUCCAAGCACCGGAGUCCUCCUCAACAGUCAUCUGUGUGAUUUCUGCGGAAUAGCUGACAGAUUAUUUGCAGGGGAGCAUCCUCCUUCAUCCAUGGCUCCUACUGUGCUCAAGUCUAAGUCAAAGGUGCUGGUUAUUGGAUCAACUGGUGGCUCUAUGAUCACCACUGGAAUGGCCUCAGCAAUCAUAAACAGCCUUUGGUUUGGAAAGAGCCUUAAGGAGGCUAUCGCCACUCCGAUUCUUUUUGUUAACUCUGAAAAUGCAGUGCAGUUUGAAUCCAACUUUGAUAAGGGUGUAAUCGAGGAAUUGAAAGCUCUGGGACAAAAACAAAAACCUAUGAAGAAGUUGUUCACCGUGCUUAAUGCUGUGGAGAAGGAGGGUAGAUGUAUCCGUGCAGUGUCUGAUUCAAGGAAACUGGGUGAAGCAGCUGGUUACUGAUGGAAUGAUUUGUGGAGCUAAAUUAAUGCAACCUAAUGAAUGUUACCUUGUAAAUAGAACCAAACCUGAAUAUGUAGUAUAUUCAAAAUUGAAGAAGAAAAAAAACCCUAAUUAUUUUGAUGGAGGUAGUGGUUCUCCACUUUUUUUUUUUUUUUUUUAAAUUACAUAGUGGCAUAAAUUAAAUUGAUACUACUAUUUUAACAUUGGACAAUUGCACUAUAUUGCAGCUACAAUUUAGACGAUUUUUUGUCAAAAUUUCAAUAAAAACAAAAUGCAAUUACAAAUUUCACAA